AUGUCAAAAGUACUCUUCACUGUCAUUGAGGACGAAAAACUUGUGGAAAUGGUAGCUAAAUUCAAUUGUUUGUAUGAUUUGGGUCAUAAACUCUACAAAAAUCAGACGAUCAAGGAUAAUGCUUGGAAAGAGGUAGCUGAACAAGUAAAAAGAUCUGUAGAGGAUUGUAAAAAAAGGUGGAGGAACAUCAAGGACACGUACCUUAAAAGGGUUAAGAAAGGAAUGGGAACUGGAUCAUCUGCCUUAAGUAAACCUAAGCAUUGGCCAUUAGCUGAUAUGCUGACGUUUCUUGGAAAAGCUGAUUACAAGCGAGAUAGCAUAUCAAAUAUUGAGUGUGGCGAGGAAGGUGGAGAAGAUGAUUCGAGUACAGAAAUAAACGACGACUUGCAGGUACCAUCAGAGGAAAUUAAUAAUCAGUCGAUUUGUUCAAUCGGCGAAAAUUCCAAUGAAGACGCAACUCUACAAACUUCGAAGUCGCAAAAACCACUAAAAAGCAAGCGUCAAAAAUAUAAUGAAAAAGUUAUACAGCUUCUAGAAGAUAGGCGUAUUGAGAGAAAUGACAUCAUGAGGAAUAUGGCUCAAAAUCGUGAAGAUGAGAUCGAUUUAUUUUUCAAAAGUAUCGCGAUGUCUGUCAAAAAACUUAAUCCAGCAUUGAUCAAUGAAGCAAAAAUGAAGUCGCUUCAAAUGGUAUUUGAAUUAGAAACACGCAAUACAUUCGUAAAUUUACCACAAUAUUCACCGGCGCCAAGUACAAGUUUCUCAUCACAGUCAUUGGAAAGUGUGGACGUGAGUGCUUACGGAAAUGUAAACGAAGUCAAUCAUUAUGAGCCUAAUUACGAACAAUUAUAG